GGGGGGGGGGGGGGGGGGGGGGAAGUACUACAGCGGCGGCUUGGUUUUGCUUGUGUAUCUGUGAAAUUGUUUGCUUGUUCUGCUUAAUAAUACAAUCUGAAGGAAUUCACAGACAGAGCUGCAUGUUUAUGUUUUCCAAUGUAAUUGUGAAUAAAAAAAAUUCCUUCCUUCAAUCUAUAUAUAUAUAUGUGUGUGUGUGUGUGUGUGUGUGUGUGAUAUUCUGGCCGAAAAAUUCAAAAACCGUCAAGAGUUUUAACGUUAUCGUUUUACAGCUUAUGAACUAUUAACCAUUGGAGAGCGGAGAAAGAUACUCGGAGCUUCCCGUCUCGCUCACCCGCAUGCAAUUCAUCUUCUCUGCUUGUUUACCAUUUUAACACUUACUCACCGUGCAUCUCUCUCUCUCUCUCUCUAUAUAUAUAUAUAUAUAUAUCCAGACCAGUAGCAAGCAAUUGAAUGUUGGAAGUCUUUCCAAUUUUAACCGACAGAGAAGGGGCGUCCGUCUGAAUGAAGGUUUCAAAUUCGAAUUCAGCUAGCGCAAUCACAGAUUGUUACAAACGACUACUAGCGUACGGACACCCACACUACCGCCACCACUCAACCAGUUCCAGUUCCAACCUCACAUCCUUGUUCAGCAAAUAUGUUGAUAAAAGCAGCGUCUCGUCCUGGAACUCGGUCAUCGCCCAGUUGGCUCGCAGCGGCGACUCUUUUGAAGCCCUCCGAGCUUUCUCCUCCAUGCGAAAGCUAUCUCUGACGCCCGACCGCUGCACCUUUCCCUGCACCAUCAAAUCCUGCUCCGCUCUCUCCGAUCUCCUUUCAGGCAAACAGGCCCACCAACAAGCCUUCGUCUUCGGCUUCGGAUCAGACCUCUUUGUCUCCUCUGCUCUCAUUGACAUGUACUCCAAGUGUGCCCAGUUGCACGACGCGCGAAGGCUGUUCGAUGAAAUUCCUCGUAGAAAUGUUGUUUCUUGGACUUCAAUGAUCACAGGGUAUGUCCAGAACGAAAAUGCCGCCGCCGCAUUAACGCUUUUCAAAUCCUACUGUGAGAACGAGGGUGCAAAUGACCAAGAAGAAGCCUACAUAGAUUCCGUCGCUAUGGUUUCGGUUUUGUCUGCCUGUUCUCGUGUUUCCGUGAAGCCUACCACGGAGGGGGUUCACGGCUUUGUGAUAAAGAGAGGCUUUGAGGACGAUUUGGGCGUUGCGAAUACCUUGAUGGACGCCUACGCCAAGUGUGGUGACCUAGGGGUGUCCAGAAAGGUGUUUGACGGGAUGAUUCACAGGGAUGAAGUUUCUUGGAAUUCCAUGAUUGCGGCAUACGCACAAAAUGGAUUCUCUGCUGAGGCACUGAAAAUGUUUCAUGACAUGUUAAGAGAUCAAGAUGUCGGCUACAGUGCUACGACUUUGUCUGCUGUUUUGUUAGCCUGUGCACAUUCUGGGGCUCUGCAAGCGGGCAAGUGUAUACAUGAUCAGGUCAUAAAGAUGGGUUUGGAGGAUAAUAUUUUUGUGGGCACUUCCCUAAUCGACAUGUACUGCAAAUGUGGGAGAGUGGGGAUAGCAAGGAGAGCAUUUAACCGCAUGAAGGAGAAGAAUGUGAAAUCAUGGACUGCUAUAGUUGCUGGCUAUGGCAUGCAUGGUCGUCCAAGAGAAGCUUUAGAAGUCUUUAACGAGAUGAUAUACGCCGGGGUCAAACCUAAUUAUAUAACUUUUGUGUCAGUUCUAGCUGCUUGUAGCCAUGCAGGUCUAGUGGAUGAAGGCUGGUAUUGGUUUAAAGCCAUGGAGAGCGAUUUUGAUGUUGAACCUGGGGUGGAGCAUUAUGGAUGCAUGGUCGAUCUUCUUGGCCGCGCUGGUUUUCUUAAGAAGGCUUAUGAUUUGAUCAAAGAAAUGAAGGUGAGCCCUGAUUUUGUGGUUUGGGGUUCUCUUCUUGCUGCAUGUAGGAUCCACAAGAAUGUGGAGCUUGCAGAGAUUUCUGCAAGGAAAUUAUUCGAAUUAGAUCCAAGCAAUUGCGGGUACUAUGUGUUGCUUUCCAACAUAUAUGCUGAUGCUGGUAGGUGGAAAGAUGUGGAAAGGAUGAGAAUAUUAAUGAAGAAUAAAGGGCUUGUGAAACCGCCUGGGUUCAGUUUGGUUGAAUUUAAAGGUAGGGUUCAUGUAUUUUUGGUGGGAGACAGAGAGCAUCCUCAACAUGAAAGGAUAUACAAAUACUUGGAAGGGUUGACUCUGAGGCUGCAGGAGGUCGGGUAUGUUCCCAAUAUGACCUCGGUUCUUCAUGAUGUUGAUGAGGAAGAGAAGGAAAUGACACUACGAGUUCACAGCGAAAAGUUGGCUGUUGCUUUUGGAGUGAUGAAUACAGUUCCUGGCAUGACAAUCCAUGUUAUUAAGAACCUUAGAGUUUGUGGCGACUGUCAUACUGCCAUUAAAUUGAUUUCCAAGAUUGUGAAUCGUGAAAUUGUAGUCCGAGAUUCGAAAAGGUUUCACCAUUUCAGGGAUGGGCUGUGUUCAUGUGGGGAUUAUUGGUGAGCAUGAAGGAAUAAUUUAAACUUUGACACUAGACCUGUACGCGGGGAACCAACUGAUCCAGUCCGGGGGAAGAUCUUUUUGUGCAUGAUCCAAGUGAAUUGUUCGUUCUUCUUUGGUUGGAAGAUACAGAGGAGUGAAGCGGACAAGGAAGAGGGAAAUGAAAGAAACGAGGGGGCAGCGUUUCAGUUGCUCAACUUCAUAUGAAUCAUAAGAAAAUCUAUGGCAGUUUUGGUAGAGGAGUUGGAUUUUAAAUGGGUACGUAGGUUAAUCUUUUAGAGUCUGAGGGAUUAUUGAAGCAGGGGCAAAUACUCCGGAGACGAGGAGUUUGAAAAUAAAAUAAAAAUAUUGGACUUGUGCAUGUCAUAAAUUAUCAAAGCGUAGCUAGAGCAUGAAUGAAGUCAAUUAAUUCCACUCACUCGUGCUGCUGAAAGCCUUCACGUAUGCUCGGGCUUGCUCGAUCGGGAGAGAAGAAACUGAUCGAAAUGCCCUCUUUCCGGAUAUGGGGUACAUCUUUGUCCUUGCAGUCUUGAAACCUGAGUUAAUUGUGUUUUUUUCUUGUACGAGUGCAAUAAUAUUGGAAGAAAAACAGUCUCAUUGACAAUGAGGUCAUUGGUGGCUAGACUAUUAAUUUAAUUAGGUACAAUCCUUAAAAUUUUCCCCCAGCAUAUAAAUGUCAACUGGAAAAUCUUCAACCAUGUGCAGCAUGUAUAUAUUUUCUAUUGCUGCUUGUUGAUUUAUUUGAAUGUAGAAUUAGCUGGCCUUCGAUAUAG